AUGCACACCAACCUACGGAACCGAAAGGCAGAUAACGAAGAAUUGAGAUUGCGACUGGUUUCCGACGUCGAGAAACAUGUCAAGUCGUGUCCAGACUGCUGUUCCAACAAGAGCAGACCACAAGUCCGCGGUUACUCACCAGGCAACAUUCUAGCAGACAGACCUUUCCAAAUAGUGUCCAUGGACUUUGUCAUUCCCCUACCGAAAUCUUGGCAAGAAAGCGCGGCAGUACUAUUUUUCCAAUGUAUCUUCAUAGGUUUCGUGAUAGCGAAACCUAUGUCAGAUACGACAGCGCUGCGAGUGGCACAAGUUUUCAAGGAAUGCGUAUAUCGACGAUUCGGAGCACCAUCACUCAUACGCCAUGAUAGAUACUCUAGCUUCAUGAGUGAGGACUUCCAAGCAUUUGCAGAGAUGAUGCAGUCGAGAUCUCGCGCGACUUUGAAUUAUCGGCCACAAGCAAAUGGACAACAAGAAAGGUCGGUCAAGACAGUGAUGCAAUCGGUCAAAGUAUAUGCCGAAGUUCCAUUUCAGCAAGACUGCGACAAAAUUGUUGAGCACUUAGUGUUCGCCAUCAACACCUCUAUGGAUACGACAAGGAAGGAGACGCCUUUCUAUCUACUCCACGGAUGGGACGCGCAGUCAACCCUGAAGCUAUGA